UCUGGGGGGUUUACGGAGGGAGCAGAGCACCGAGAGCCCAGUGCAGACCAGACAGCCGCCUCGCCAUGAAGAUCUCAGGGGCCGUUCUGCUCUUCGCUCUGGCCCUUUGCUGCUCCUACUCGGAUGCUGCUGACAACCCUGGUGAGGGUUACUGCAAUGAGUACACGGAGCCGCCCGGAGGCUGCCCACGGAUACUCGACCCCGUUUGUGGCACUGAUGGCAACACGUACAGCAACAAAUGCGAGUUUUGUGCUGCAGUCUUCAUGAAGCUUGGAAGUCUUUGCUUUCUCCACGAAGGAAAAUGCCAGACACGUGACAGAACUGGGCACUAACUUUAGGAACUUGAGCUGCUAGUUCCCACUAGUGGAUCCACAUUCUCCUCUCAGCCUCCAUUCCCAGGGCUCCUGACAGCAUCGCUGACUCCCCACCUGUCUCUGCAAUAAAGGAAACUCAGAGCCAUUCCUGCCCUCGGUGGUUUUUCCCCCUCUCAAAGGACAGACUCCGCUCAGCAGGGUAUCAAAAAAAUUCCCUCCAGCUUACAGACCGGCGUCGAGCGGAACAGAAAAUGCAACGCCUGGUCACCUACACUAAGGGAGUCCCAGACUGGCCACCGCUGUAUCACCUCCUGCCGUGGCUUUUCCCACAAAACAACCCAAACUGAGCCCCCAGACACAUUCCCUGUGUCCGACUCCUUCCCAUUUAGACUUGUUAUCAGUGGACCUCAUCCUGAGACCAUGAGCAGCGCCCCAGGGAAAGGCUGGGAGAACAAGCAGGGGUGCGGUGUUAGAGAAUCAACCACCCAAAGCUUGUCUCAGGGAUACCUGUCAGGGUGGGGAAUGUAAAGGGCUUCUCCUUCUCCCUCCCUGAUACGUGGGGGGCCCUGUGGAUUCAGGCUGUGGGCUGCCGCUCUGCCCAGUAAGUUGCCCCCCACGUUCCUCCCCAAACGCAGCAACCUGUCAAAUGUGUUUGGUCCUCAGCAAACCUCUGGGCUGCCCUGGGGGAGCUGGGCCACCUCUGACCCUGCUGUGAAGUGGUGCCACGUCCCCGUGAUACGGGAGAGUCUGGAGCGGGGAGACGUCACAGCCAAGUGCCUGGAGAUGGGACAGAUGCUUCGAGUGCCUGGGAUGGUCGGGAGAUUGCUUCUGUGCAUGUGUCCCUGUAGCCCACCAGGCCCUGGGAGAGGAACUUUUCCCACUGGGUCAGAGGGCAGCAACUGUGUCUCGCUGCACCCAGCUCAGUCUCUCCUAGGGAGUCAGCUAUCCCGGGCUCUGGCUUAUGGUCAGGCCAAGCCAACAAUGAUCCGGUCCCAGGCCAUGCUCAGGGUGGGGAGGCAGAGUCCUGAGGUACCAGGCUGCAGAGGCUCAUGCCUUAACCGUGAGACCACUGGGACCCACCCCACACCCCUCCCUUCUGCUGAUGCCUGAGUCCUGGGGAGGCUGGUGGUGGCUGCCCCGCUGCUCCCUAACCAGGUUUGGGGCGGGGGGGGGCAGCAAAGAGACUGAGGGGACUGGUCUAGGCCCGGGUUUGGGGACAGGGGGAGAGCAAACACACAGUCCUGAGGGACCAGCCCAAGCCCUGGCUGAGGGCGCAACAGACAGACAGUCCGGAGGUACCAGUCCAGGUGCUGGCUGGGGGCCUGGCAGUACUUCCUAGUGCCUGGGGGUCUGUCUACACUACAAAGUUAAUUCGAACUAACAGCCAUUAGUUCGAAUUAACUUUCAUAGGAGCUACA